AUCGCGCACGGUCACACUGCAAAAAGGUCCCAGCUGCGUCGUUGAAAAAUAUUUUCGAUGCUUCGUAGGUUGUUUUAUUUCAAAGGAAAUAGCAAUUAAUAUAGUUGAAAACGCGGAAUUCGAGGAGCAGUCGCCGAGCGGGUUGCACGAUGAACAUAUACAACAAGUUGCGGGCCAGGGAGCACGGAUACGCCAACGAGAGGACCUACGACUUUGCCCUGCGUCGCCUUUCCGUGGCCAAGGAGGACAGCUGGCGGGGCAUUGCGCCGGCCAACUACUGCCCGGACUUCAAUCCGGAGCCGCCGAUCUUCUCGGCCAAGUUCGCCAACUGCGAUGGCUAUCGGCACAUCCUGGCGAUUGCCAACGAGGACGGCAAGAUCACGCUGCAGGACACCACGCAGCGCAACCAGCAGCCGGAGGAGCAGUCCCUGGUGGGUCCGCAGUGCCACUACAAUGCCGUUUUCGAUCUGGAAUGGGCUCCCGGCCAGAUGCGCUUCGUCUCCGCCUCGGGCGAUCACACGGCCCGCCUGUGGGAGGUGGCGGGCUCCGGGAUCCGUGGCCUCAACUCCUAUGUGGGCCACACGCGGUCCGUGAAAUCGGCCGCCUUCAAGCGCACCGAUCCCGCUGUCUUCGCCACCGGCGGUCGCGACGGCGCCAUUCUCAUCUGGGACAUCAGGGCCAAUCUCAACAUGGACCUCACCUCGCGCGUGGACAACUGCAUCUACAGCGGCCACACGGGCGGGCCGGGCACUCCGGUUUCGCAGCGAAAGCAGCGCACACGCACGCCCAAAAUGGCAGGCGGCACCACGUCGAGCAGCAUCACCGGUUUGGCCUUCCAGGAUAACGACACGCUCAUCUCCUGCGGCGCCGGCGAUGGAGUGAUCAAGGUGUGGGACCUGCGGCGCAACUACACGGCCUACAAGAAGGAGCCGCUGCCCAGGCACAAGCUGCCCUACGCCGGCCACUCCACCUUCCGGGGAUUCACCAACCUCAUUGUGGACGCCGCGGGCACGAAGCUGUAUGCGAAUUGCAUGGACAACACCAUCUAUUGCUACAACCUGGCCUCCUACUCGCCGCGACCGCUGGCCUGCUACAAGGGCCUGCUGAACUCGACGUUCUACAUCAAAUCUUGCCUCAGCCCGGAUGGAAAGUAUCUGCUAAGCGGCAGCAGCGAUGAGCGAGCCUACAUCUGGAAUCUGGAGCAUGCGGAGGAGCCGCUGGUGGCUUUAGCUGGCCAUACAGUCGAAGUGACCUGUGUGGCCUGGGGCUCCAGUCACGACUGCCCCAUUGUCACGUGCAGCGAUGAUGCGCGUCACAAGAUCUGGCGCAUUGGACCCGAUCUGGAGGGGCUCAGCGAGGCGGAGCGUGCGGAAAAGUACCGGGGAACUGCCUCCUACGUGAGGGAAUUCGGCAAGAAGUCAUCUGGUCCUUCGAGUGGCAAUCACAAGUACAAUCUGCGAGAACUGGAGUCCACGCCGCGUUCGCUGAAGCGGCUGAUGGAUCAAAAUGAACGCACACCCGGCUCUGUGGAAAAGACGACGACUACGAAACGAUCGUUUCUGGAAAUGCUGGGUGUAGCUAAUCCGGAGACGGAGGCCACAGAGCAGCCGCAGAAGCGAGCCAAACCGUUGGAGUCUCGCGGCAGGCGGCUCUUUGGACCCUCUAGCCAGGAAACGACUUGCCGCCACAUUCAACUGCAGCCCAUAAACGAAGAGGACGCCUCGCCAAGCAAACGGCAGAAGGAGAACUCGGCGGCGGAAGAUGUGUCGCCACUGCACAAGCUCCUCAGCACGCCAGGUCAUUCUCCGCUGAGUGAGAAUGUAAACCACAUGUACACCUCCCCACCGACGACUUCAGCAGCAGCAGCAGCCGCAGCGGCGUCGGCUGAGGCAGCCAACCCACCGCCCAUCUCCGCCAUCAUCUACUCGCCCACCUCCAACCUGCCCAACUACGUGCUGGAUGGCGAGGCCCCCCACCUGGGCAUCAUGUCGCCCAAGCGGAAGGCCAAGGAGAAGGUGGACUGGCUGACGAAUAUCCGCAAGCAGAAGCUGAUGAGUGGCCGGGCCCAUGUGACGCUAAGCGAUAAGAUAAGCGAGGAGCAGCAGGCGGAUGUCUUGGCCUCUCCGCGUCUCCAGAGUCUGCGGCAAUCCGAGUGCAGUCCCCGGUUGCAGGCCACGCCCCGCAGGCGCAUCUCGCACACGGAUGGCGGCGGUGGCGGUACACCGGCCGGCAGCUCCUCCCAUUCCCAUUCCCAGCCAAGAACACCAACCUCCAGUAGGAGAAACAGCGAGACGACGCUCCUGCGAUUCUUUAGCAUCCAGAGGAGCAGCAGUGUGCCGGCGGAGGAAGCGACGACGGCGGCUCCAUCCUCACCCAAUCCACCGGCGACGGUGACUGUCGCCGCUGCCACGCCCCUCAGCCUGCGUACGCCCACCACGGCGGCUGUGGGCAGCGAUUGACUUUCUUUCUUUUUACAUUCAAUGGGAAAAUCACAGCACCAUUAUUGCUCUUGUAGUUUUAAGCGGACAUUGUUUAAGUUAUUUUAUGUAGAUAGUAGGUUGUUGGUAACCAACUCACCGCCGUUUGUACAGCGCCCAUACGAAAAAGACUAACGUACCCAAAUAAAAGUAAAUCAAUUUUCAA